AUGUCUAUAGACAUUCAGGCGCUCCGAUGCUCAUUCGAGAACAAGCCGUUCCACAUCAAGGAGCAGUCACUGCUGAAGAUGAUCCAGCAAGUCGAGGCGAUCCAGCUUCAGCAGCAGAACCUGCUUCAGACAGCGAAAGACCUUGCAGAGGUCUUCUCGGUAAAGGUCGGCUCUUGUCAGGUGGAUGUUACAGCGUUUGACACAGUCGCAUUCCUCACCGAGCAACUGGCGCUCGACUGCGGAUGCAGUGCAGGAUCCCUGGUCGUCACAAGGGACGGUCAGAUCUUGCCCCGAGAGGCCACGCUGUCAUCUCUCGACAUCUCAGGAAACUCAAAGCUCGACUUUGACCUCAAGAGCCUCGAAAGAUCCAUCAGCGUGAAGACGAUGACGGGCAAGACACUCUUUGUGGGCAUGGAAGCUGGGACCACGAUCGGUGAGGUGAAAGCAAGGAUUUGGAUGAAGGAGGGUAUCCCUCGUAGCCAACAGCGGCUGGUCUUCGCUGGGAAGCAGCUGGAGGACGACAAGACAGUGUCAGACUACAGCAUCACACACCUCCAUGUUUUGCACCUGAUUCCUGAUCUUCGUGGUGGUAUGUAUGAUGCAAUCUCCGGUCGUCAGGGCUUCGAAGUGCUGCCGGACAAAAUCGUUUUCGAGGAUGGACAGACCUGGUGGUUUGCAGGUUCCGGCAGCCGUCAGAGCUAUCAUGGUCGUGAGUUUGCCUCCAAGGAAGACUUAGUCGGCUUUUUGGAAACUAGUCGCGUGGAAAGUCUUCUUCGGCGCUUGGGGAUGGUCCAGGACAGGAGUGAGAAGAUUGGGAAAGAGGCAGGGUUGUGGAUGUCCAAGGCAAUGUCUGGUACGACACAGUCGCUGGCCUGA